GUACGCAUCGAGUUCAAUCCCACUGUUCCACACUGCUCUUUGGCCACGCUUAUCGGUUUAUGUAUUCGCGUUAAAGUAGAGCGCAGCUUACCGCAUAAUAUUAAAUUGGACAUUUACAUUAAGAAAGGCGCACACACAACGGAGGACGAAAUAAAUAAGCAAAUAAACGACAAGGAACGCAUUGCCGCCGCUAUGGAGAAUCCAAAUUUGCGCGAAUUGGUUGAGAAUUGUAUUAAGGAAGAAGAAUGAACUUUACCAGACUCAAUAUAUUCAU